UCCUAUCUUCCUCGCUCUUACCAGGGAAAUCCCCAAACCCUAACCCUUAGCGCAUAUCUCUCUAGUCGUUAUUUUUUUCUUCCUUAAAAUUUUUUGAGUUCGCAGAUCAAUACUUCAGUGGCGCGUGUGUUAAUAGAGGUUGCGCGUGGGGGGCACGCUCUAUACGAUUCAUGAUUUCUUGUUCAUCCAAAUUGGGAAGCCCUCGCCAGAGAACUGCCGGAAUUCUACCGGACUCUUCAUGGCGUCUGCAGUCUUAGCUAAUCGUAACGAACCGAAUUGGACGCAGUCACAGCCGAGAGGCGGUGCUAAAUUCAUGGGCAAAGUCCCUUUCUCUAACCCUAACCCUAAAUUGUCCAAAAAAAGGCAAUUCCAAGCGGCUCAGCCUGUCAUCAACUUCGAUGGGCCACCAGCCUUGACGCAACCCGCUGCAUCAGACGACGCGUCCUCGAUAAACAGGAGGCCGGCGAGCGAUAUCAACAGUGGUGGAUAUAUGACGUUUAAUAUUGCGACGUAUUCGAAGAAGGAGCUGGUGGAGCUGAAGAAUCGUUUGGUUGCGGAGCUGGAACAGAUCCGGCAGUUGAAGAAUCGAAUCGAUUCCUCUGGGUUCCAGUUCAGAUCUAGCUCCAAUUUCCAGAACAAGAAAUCGAUCGUAACAACCAACAGCAACAAGAAAAUUUUGGGGAAUAAACGACCGUUUCCAGCAGCAAAUUUUGGAUUUGGGGCCAAAGAUAUGAAGCGAUCGAAUCAACCCGAGCACGGCCUGUUGAUGAAGAAAUGUGCCCAGAUUUUGACGAGAUUGAUGAAGCACAAGCAUGCUCAUGUAUUUAAUGUGCCGGUGGAUGUUGAGGGUAUGAAGCUUCAUGAUUAUUUUGAUAUAAUCAAGAAUCCUAUGGAUUUGGGUACCGUCAAGUCUAAAUUGGGGAAAUUUUUGUACGAUUCGCCCAUGGAUUUUGCUGCUGAUGUGAGAUUGACCUUCAACAAUGCCAUGAAGUACAACCCUAAAGGUCACGAAGUGCAUAAUCUUGCCGAGCAGUUUCUUUCCAGAUUUGAGGAAUGGUACCGACCCAUUGGAGAUAAAGUGGGAGAUGAUGAUCAAGAUCAGGUGCAUGAAUAUGAGCCUGGGCAAAUUCAAGAAGUGCAAGCUAGUUCAUGGGAUCACAUACCCAAUCGUGGUGACAUUGACAGGGUAAAAAAAGAUCAGGAAAAUAUAAUGCAAAAUUUACCUAAAUCUGAUCCAAUUGGGAAAUCAAUGCCAACAAGUGGGUCUAACGCUCAAUCUACAUCGCAAUUGCCUGUACGAACUCCUUCCCCAAUGCGAGCUCCUCCAGUGAAGCCUGUUAAACUACCAAAACCCAAAGCCAAAGAUCCUAACAAGAGAGAGAUGUCUCUUGAGGAGAAGCACAAAUUGGGGAUUGGGCUGCAGAGCUUGCCUCAAGAGAAGAUGGAGCAAGUGGUGCAGAUAAUAAAGAAGAGGAAUGGGCAUUUGAGGCAGGAGGGAGAUGAGAUUGAGCUAGAUAUUGAAGCUGUUGAUACGGAGACUCUCUGGGAGCUUGAUCGGUUUGUGACCAAUUAUAAGAAGAUGGUUAGCAAGAUAAAGCGUCAAGCAUUAAUGGGUAUCAACAAUGUGGCCACUACUGCUAGCGAAGGCAAUAAGGAGGCACUUGUAAAUGAGAGGAUGGAUGUUGCAUCUGAGGCAAAGAAGCCAAAGAAAGGUGAUGCUGGUGAUGAGGAUGUGGACAUUGGUGAUGAGAUCCCAAUUAGCAGUUUCCCUCCUGUGGAGAUUGAAAAGGACAAUGGCCAUGCGAGUAGUAGUUCUAGCAGCUCAAGUAGUUCAAGUGAUGAAUCUUCCUCAUCUAGUGAUUCUGAUUCAGGAAGCUCUUCCGGAAGUGAUUCUGAGGAUGCACAUUCGUAAAGACUUUGAGAUAGAAGGAUGUGGGAAUAUGCGUUGAAGCUUUGCAGGAUAGGUUCUUGAGGUCCAUUUGACUUGGGAAUGGAAGAGGUACUGAAUUUUGUUGUUGAUUUGGAAAACUAUAUCCUGAAAUUUGGCAAAUAGCCUGAUGAGGCUUGAAAAAAUGUUUUGUACAGGGAGGGUUCUCGAUUCUGUUGAUUGUUGGUUGCACUUGUGAAGAAUCGAUGGAAAAUUGGUGGUAGGGUUACAUUGGCUGGAGGCAACUUGGAAGUAUUUUGUUUUCUGUAAAAAGACCGACCAAAUUUGUAGGUUAGAGGGUAGAAAAUGUAACGAAAAGGUUUAGGAAAUGGGUAAGAGCUUUAGAGGAAGAAGUAAAUUGGAGAAUGAAUCACUCUGUACACAUUACAACGCUUAAUACAAGCUUUUUAGCUUCACUGAGCAUUGCUUUUCUCUUCGGGUGUGAUUGGCUUAUAAAGAAGUGCCAAAGAAAAGACAACUUUAGUUCCGUUCCAAUUGUUGAGCAUUGCACAAGAGGGAGGGGCUGUGUGUUCCCUAGAACUGAGAAGCACAUUCUUGCCUUGGCAGAAGAUCUCGAUUUGGUCUCUGCAUAUGCAAUGUAUUAAGGACCACUUUUAUUUCUAACUAGCCUUAAUAUGUGCAUCAAGGCGAGGGGGAUAGAGGAGACAGGACAGGAAACGCUAUUGGAUAUGUGAAACUGGGGCUUGACAGGCUUGAUUUGGGUUGGAAUUGGAAAAACACAUUAUUGCCUCCUGUGGAGGAAAAAAAAAAAAAGGUUUGAUUGCCUUGUGCCUGUGGAAAAUGUGUAAAUUGAAGUUGGCUCGAUGCAUUGCCAAUUUAUUAUCCUUCGUUAGGAAGACUAAGCUGGGACUACAUUCCAUCUUCAAAAAUGCUUUGCUUCAGAGUUGAGACUGCAGGAAUUAUUUCUUUUUUUUGUACACCUUGUUAUACUGUAUGUGUAGAAUUUUUUUUUUUAAAUGAAAAGAGAUUAAAUAUUUAUUUA